UGGCGGCGGCGGCGGGGCGGUGGCAGCGGCGGCUCCUCGGGGCCGCGCCGGCGGGGCUGUGCCGCUCCUGACUCGGCCCCGCGCCAUGGGGAGCAGCCGCGGCGGGCGGCUCGCCUGAGGCGGCGGCGACAGCGGAGGGCGCGGCAGUGCCGAGGGAGCCCCGCCGCGGGGGCCGCGACCCGCUUCGCCGGGGAUGCUGCGCUGGGUCCGGCAGCAGCUGGGUUUUGACCCACCACAUCAAAGCGAUACAAGAACUAUUUAUAUAGCAAAUCGUUUUCCCCAGCAUGGCCAUUAUAUUCCUCAGAAGUUUGCAGACAACAGAAUCAUAUCAUCCAAGUAUACAGUGUGGAAUUUUGUUCCAAAAAACUUAUUUGAGCAGUUCAGAAGAGUAGCCAACUUUUAUUUUCUCAUUAUAUUUUUGGUUCAGCUCAUGAUAGAUACCCCUACCAGUCCUAUUACCAGUGGAUUGCCAUUAUUCUUUGUCAUAACUGUGACAGCCAUAAAGCAGGGUUAUGAAGAUUGGCUACGACAUAAAGCAGACAAUGAAGUCAACGGUGCUCCAGUUUAUGUUGUUCGAAGUGGUGGCCUUGUGAAAACUAGAUCUAAAAACAUUCGGGUGGGGGACAUUGUCAGAGUAGCCAAAGAUGAGACUUUUCCUGUUGACCUGGUGCUUCUGUCGUCUGAUCGAGUGGACGGUUCAUGCCAUGUCACCACUGCAAGUUUGGAUGGAGAGACCAAUCUUAAGACGCACGUUGCGGUCCCAGAAACAGCAGUGUUGCAGUCUGUUGCCAACCUGGACAAACUGGUAGCUGUUAUAGAAUGUCAGCAGCCAGAAGCAGAUCUGUACAGAUUUGUUGGAAGAAUAACUGUAAGUCAACAAGCUGAAGAAAUAGUACGACCUCUUGGGCCUGAAAGUCUCUUACUUCGUGGAGCAAGAUUAAAAAACACUAAAGAAAUAUUUGGUGUUGCAGUGUAUACAGGUAUGGAGACAAAGAUGGCAUUAAAUUACAAGAGUAAAUCUCAGAAACGGUCAGCAGUAGAAAAGUCCAUGAAUUCCUUUUUGAUUAUUUAUCUAAUAAUCCUCCUCUUUGAAGCCAUUCUGAGCACUAUUUUAAAGUAUGCAUGGCAAGCUGAAGAGAAAUGGGAUGAGCCCUGGUACAAUGAAAAAACAGAGCAUGAAAGAAAUAGCAGUAAGAUCCUGAGAUUUAUUUCAGAUUUUCUGGCCUUUCUGGUACUUUACAAUUUUAUUAUACCUAUUUCACUCUAUGUGACUGUCGAGAUGCAAAAAUUUCUUGGAUCUUUUUUUAUUGGCUGGGAUCUUGACCUCUAUCAUGAAGAAACAAACCAGAGAGCCCAAGUAAAUACUUCAGACCUCAAUGAGGAAUUGGGACAGGUAGAGUAUGUGUUUACAGACAAAACUGGUACAUUAACUGAAAAUGAGAUGCAGUUUCGGGAGUGCUCCAUUAAUGGCAUAAAGUACCAAGAGGUCAAUGGUAAACUAACUCCAGAGGGAUUUUCUGAAGAUUCUCCAGAUGGAAAUAGGCAUGGUUUGGUGAAAGAGGAAGAACUGUUCUUGAAGGCAGUUUGUCUUUGUCAUACAGUGCAGAUCAAUGCAGAUCAGACAGAUGGUGCUGACGGUCCCUGGCAUGCCAAUGGAAUAACGUCCCCGUUGGAGUAUUAUGCUUCUUCACCAGACGAGAAAGCUUUAGUUGAAGCUGCAAGCCGGGUUGGAGUAGUAUUUACUGGAAUUAGUGGAGACAGUAUGGAAGUAAAAAGCCUUGGAAAACCAGAGAGGUACAAAUUGCUUCAUGUGUUGGAGUUUGAUCCAAAUCGCAGACGAAUGAGUGUCAUUGUGGAGAGUCCCUCAGGGGAAAAGCUUUUAUUCACAAAAGGAGCAGAAUCUUCCAUUCUUCCUCGUAGUAAGAGUGGAGAAAUAGACAAAACAAGGAUACAUGUGGAUGAAUUUGCUUUGAAAGGACUAAGAACUUUGUGCGUAGCCUACAGAAGAUUCACACCUGAGGAGUAUCAAGACAUUGGCAAACGCCUUCAUGAGGCCAGGACUGCCUUACAACAACGGGAGGAAAGAUUAGCAGAUGUGUUCAACUUCAUAGAAAGGGAUCUGGAAUUACUUGGGGCUACAGGAGUAGAAGACAAACUGCAGGAGAAAGUCCAAGAAACUAUAGAAGCCCUCAGGUUGGCUGGUAUCAAAGUGUGGGUGCUCACUGGAGACAAGCAUGAGACAGCUGUUAGUGUCAGUUUGUCCUGUGGACACUUCCACAGAACCAUGAACAUCCUUGAGCUUGUGCAGCACAAGUCAGACAGUACCUGUGCAGAACAACUGAGGCAACUUGCCAAGAGAAUAAAGGAAGACCAUGUUAUCCAACAUGGACUGGUUGUGGAUGGGACCAGCCUCUCUCUUGCACUCAGGGAACAUGAAAAACUGUUCAUGGAAGUUUGCAAAAACUGUUCUGCAGUGUUGUGCUGUCGCAUGGCACCCCUUCAGAAAGCAAAGGUAGUGCGACUGUUAAAAACGUCUCCAGAGAAACCCAUAACAUUAGCAAUCGGUGAUGGUGCUAAUGAUGUGAGCAUGAUACAAGAAGCACAUGUUGGCAUAGGAAUCAUGGGCAAGGAAGGAAGGCAAGCUGUAAGGAACAGUGACUAUGCAAUAGCUCGGUUUAAAUUCCUCUCCAAGUUGCUUUUUGUUCAUGGGCACUUUUACUAUAUUAGAAUAGCAACCCUUGUACAGUACUUUUUUUAUAAGAAUGUGUGCUUUAUUACACCACAAUUUUUAUAUCAGUUCUUCUGUUUGUUUUCACAACAAACGCUCUAUGACAGUGUAUACCUGACUUUGUACAAUAUUUGUUUCACUUCCCUGCCUGUCCUCAUAUACAGUCUUUUUGAGCAGCAUGUGCAUCCGCAUGUAUUGCAGAGUAAACCCGUGCUCUACAGAGACAUCAGUAAAAAUGCCCAUCUGGGGUUUAAACCAUUUCUUUACUGGACCAUCUUGGGCUUCUUUCAUGCAUUUGUUUUCUUUUACGGCUCGUAUCUUCUAAUGGGAGAAGACACUUCUCUGCUGGGAAAUGGCCAGAUGUUUGGAAACUGGACAUUUGGUACUUUGGUCUUCACCGUUAUGGUUAUAACUGUCACAAUGAAGAUGGCACUAGAAACUCACUUCUGGACAUGGAUAAACCAUUUUGUUACUUGGGGAUCCAUUGUAUUUUAUUUCAUAUUCUCCUUGUUUUAUGGGGGAAUUAUCUGGCCAUUUUUACAUACCCAGGACAUGUACUUUGUAUUUGUUCAACUGUUGUCAAGUGGUUCUGCUUGGUUUGCCAUAAUCCUCAUAGUAGUUGCUUGUUUGUUUAUUGAUGUUGUGAAGAAAGUGCUGUACAGACAUCUGCAACCAACAAGUACUGAAAAAGCUCAGAUGUACUCCAACAGAGUUGCUUUAAGUGACGAGUUCAUCGCACUGCAGCCAUUGUCCAGGGCAAGGAAUCAGCUGAGCAAAAUUAGCUUACUGAGGCAGGUUCAGGUAUCAACUGCUUGGACUCCAUGUGCUGCUUCUCAGAUGGGGAAACAGCAUGCACAUCUGUUAGAAGAAUGUUGGAACGACUAAUGGGAAGAUGUAGCCCAACCCGGGUCAACAGGUGUGGCAUUUCUCUCAAUAGCCUUUGCUGCAGACGAUUCUCCUAUAAACUGGAACCCGAUGAGCCUGCAGCAAUAGAUGUCUAGAAAUCAGCUGCAGGUUUUGCUUACCUAAGUCGGAGAUGCAACUCUUUGUUGUACUUCUUUUCAUCCUAAAAGAUUAGUUUCUUGUUUCUUUUUGAGUGGUUUCUUUUGGGAUGGGGAGGGGAAAAACAGUUUUCAAAAGAUUUCUGUUAAAGUGUUUAGUUUGGCUUUACUACAAGUUCUUGUGUUGUAUCUAUCGUAAUUUCUCUUGAUUUGUACAUUCUUCUCUUUAGAAAAUCAAACCUUGCUGCUGGUUUUGUUCUCCUUUUUAUGAUUUUUUUUUUUGCUUUCAUGAAUCAGGAGUUGUUUAUGAAGUCGAAAGACUUUUCCCUUUGGUUCUGGAUGUACAACCUCCAAAUAUUUACCUUGGAGCUUGAAUUACUCCUGAAGAUAUACAAAAGGCUCACACUCCCCCCUUAAAUAUAACUUCAUUGUUAGAAGGAGAGUCUUUAAAUCUUUCAGCCAUUGAUUGAUAUGAAGAUGAAAUAUUUUUGUAGUAUAACUUUUAUAAGCUAUUUCUAAAAUCAGAGUAAUUGACAGAACAGAGUCUUCAGGUUCUAAGAAUUUUAAAUGUUUUUUCGGUUCUAGAAGGUAUAUUGUCAAAAUCAUGUGUGCCAUUCCAAAGUAUGUGCUAAAUAAAUCUUUCCUCCACAAACCAUGUGUGAAACAAACAUCAGUGGGAUAAAAGCACGUUAGAGUAAUGGGAUAUGUCUAAAGAGCAAUACUGCUCUUAUGGUCAGAGGAGCUCUCACUGAAUCCCCUAAUGUGCCAUCUCCCCAUGUCCAAAUAGAGGGAUAGUGAACAAACAUGGAAAUAUUUGGGGGUAGAAGUCAAAAUAGUCUUUUGUACAUCGUAAUCUCUCAGUCCCUGAAUGAUAUCAUGGUCCUUCACUGGUCAAAAGGCAAACCUGAAAACACUGAGCUUCACACAUUUUCAAGGAAACUCAUUUUGUAUUUGGACAACUUUGUCUCUUUCUGUUAAAGGUUGUGAUAUCAUUCACUGGGUGUCAAGUCUGGUGUGGGUAAUUUCCACUGACAGCUUUGUCAGCUCUGAUUCUGCCUUUAGGUAUUGCCUGGUCUGUAGCUCAUCUCUGUUGGAACUCUUGUGUUGAACACUGUGUCUGUGGUUUCAGUCAGUCCCUCUCUUCUGGCUUGCUUAUGAAAUUUAUUCAGUGUUUCUACAAACCUAGGUUAUGAAUAUGCAAAAUGUUUCAUUCCAUAUGAAAUAUGAACUGUUAUGACUAAGUACAUUUUUAAUCCAAACUUGCUGUAUAGAAAGCGGGCAUGAUGUGUAAAAUAAACAAUUUAAUAGAAUUUUUAAUCUACAAGGUGAGCAUUUAAUUGGUCUAAAAAUCAACAUUUUGGUAGCAGUUGCUCUAAGUUUUUUGAUGUUUUUUUCCACUUCUCUGUAAAACUGUGCUUUCCAAAUGAGGAAUUUCUCAUGCUACUUCUUUUCCAUUUAUUGUUAUCUAAUUAAGAUUUUUGUUAACAAUUGCCUUAGUAACCUGUAGUCUUAUAAGGUAGGUAUUCUGUGUUUUAUUUAAUGCAUUCACAGUUUUACAAUUUUCUCUUUUGUUCCACUUAAAUUUUCUUUCCUUGAGAACUUACAAAUACUUACUGAAGAUAACUCAUAUUUGACAGAAUAUUAAACAAUCUUUGAAGACUGCUUUUUCUCAGGUUUCUUGUCUGCUUACCUCAUGUAAUUUUCAGAUGAAGUUCCAUCAAGCCAAAUAAUUGUAGAGUUCUUAGAACACAGACAAUAGGAUUACAUUUAAUGAAUAUGCAAAACUAUCUUGGUGCUACACUAAGGGCUUGCAGUUCUGUGGUUUUUGCUGCUGCCUCUGGUUGAAAUUGCUCUGAACAAUCUUCUAGUUUCACUUACAUUUAUGUACAGUACACCUAGAUAAGAGAUUUUUUUUUAAAUGUGUCAUACUUGCUGUCUUCAGUGACUUCAGCUCCUUCUACUCAGCAUUGACACUUAAAACCAAGGCUAAAAGUAAUUUUCUUCCCUUACACUUUCCUAGUAAUAUAAGUCUUUGUUCAUUUUUUAACAUCUUAAUUGCUUGAAUCUUUUAGCAAAGCCAUGGCUAGCCAUGAAUUGCUUGAAUCACACGAAGCAGUUACGAGUCGUGAAAUGCUGAAGGUACAGCAUUAAGAAUUCUCGAGUGAUUUUUUAAAGUGCUUGUAAAAUUGUUUAGGCUUUGUUCACGAGCUUGAGCUGCUGUGUUUUGUAUCUAAAUCUUCAGAAAAUUGUGCAGUCCCCAACAGGUUGGUCUCCUGAGCACUUGUGCUGUAUAAAGCAGCAAAUUAUUCAACCAGGAGGUAGCUGCAAAUUAUUUUUGUCGAAUGAAGUGAUGCUGAGAAAUACGUUGUCUGUGCAAGUGCUGUAGAAUGAAGAGCACUUCUUUAAAUAAUGUUGCUGUAGCAGCUUGUGUUGUAUUCUGUGCUCCUGAUAUUCUGUCAAAUAUGAGAACUGAACAGGAAAUCCAACACGGUAUCAAAUUUUGAUAGAAGCUUUGAUGAAUCAAAGUUGUACAAAUGCUUGGAGUAGUGGGCCACAGGAGUAUAGUUCUCUUGUGUUUAUUUUACUGCUUGUAAAAUGUAUUUGAGAAGUAUUUUCUAUAGCUCCAUUCACCAGUUAGGCUAUAAAAUGUGUGGUGUGGUAUGUUAAAAAAUGCAUUUUUGUCUGUCUGUUCCAUUAAAUUGUCUGUCAGCUUGUCAGUCACUCAGAUACUAAGAAUGCUGGAUCACAUUUCUUGUACAGUAGGAUUCAUUGCUGAAUUGUUGGAUCUCCCAUUAGUGGUACUUGUGUCAAGGCACUGCAUGUAACAGUUGUAAAGAAACAGCAGAUUUCUGACAGAGGCUAAUUUGGAGGAUAAAUUCAUUACGUUUUGAUUUCCUGCCUUCCAGCCUUCUAUUUUUCAGCAUUUCACAUACAGUUUUCAUAACAUUGUUCAGCCAAGAACAGUAUUUCUUCCCAAGCAGUAAUUUGUCCUCAAGUGAAAGACAUUGUGAGAUCCCAUCUCAGUCAGAAGCUGUGACGUCUUAGGUAGCUUUCCUGAUGUCUUAAAAUUUAACAGUAAAAGGGAUGAAACAGAUUCAUGGCUGUGGUUCAGUUUUGCCUGCCCACAACUCCAGCCAGUGUGGAUGUUUCCCGUUGGGACACGGGUGUGCUGGGUUUCCUGGGGCAGCUGUGCCCCACAGGGCUUUGCUGGAAUGGCCUCAGGUGGUGCCUCAGUGUACACAGGCAGCAUUCAGAGUCUCCCUGAGGGCACAGUAUUGAAACUUUAGUGGCAAAAGGGGCAUAUAAACUGCUGGUUGUUUUAGUUCAUAGUGAGGAAAAUAUCCAUAGCUGUGAGUAAAUUGUUAAUUACACAGCAGACAUGAGUUGGCAUCUGUUCUCAAAGGUCUGAAUGAAUUGCAGGUGCCUACAUGAGAUGAAUAGAUUAGUCUUUUAAAGAGGAACAUUUGCCUAAUCUCAUAGCACUUCUAUCUUUUGCUUUCCUAGACUUUUCUCCUCACCUCUGUAGAGUAUAAGUUCCCAGUCAGCCAAACUUUUCUUUUAUUGUUACUUUAGAUCAUGGAGUUCCUCGGAUCCCUUCUAUGCCAACGACAGAAGCAUCUUGACUCUCUCCACAAUGGACUCAGCCACUUGUUGACAGGGACAUUUGUAAAUGCCUUGUGGAAGCCAUGUGGUGCUCACACACCUGUAGGUUCUGAGGCGAGUCCAGUGUCCGUCGCUGCCCUAGGAAAGAGUAGAGUGACUCCUAAGCACAGACCUUGUCUGUGGCUUGGCAUCUGCACAGCUAUUGCUUCCAGUAUUUUUUUCUAAUUAUAUCUACAAAUUGCUAAAUAAUUUUUUUGGAGGUAAGGAAUGCUUUUACCUCUGACCAUUUGAUCUUUUUUGUUACCGUAUGAGCAGAUUGAAAUCCUGAAUUUAAUACUUGAGACGUCACUGCAGCGCAAUGACAACAUCUUUCUCCUCCCAAAUUUGAGUGAUCCAAUUUGAAUCAACUUGAAUUUGCACAAUUGAAGUUUUAAAAGUUGCAUUUUUCAUGAUGACCCUUCCCUUUAAACACACACAUUCAUUUUGAGCUGUGUCUCAGAUGCUGUCUUAGCAGUUUGAGGAUCAAUUUUUUUGUUUCUGUGGACGGUUACCAUAUUCUGUGAGCAAUCAGUUUAGUAAUUUUUGAGAGUUAAAUGCAAUUCAAAUAUUUAUGCUGGUAUAUGAGUGGCAAUACAUUAGUCAUUGCUUUGAAAAACACUGUUAACUGUGAGAAAUCAAUAAUUUGGAAUACUAAGGGAUAUAACAGUUCACUGUUCUCUUAAAGUAUAAUUCGGAAGCCAGUCAUCCUUUAUUAUGCCAUGUGUGGGUUUUUUAACAGUUCCGGAUCCCGACAUGGAAAAAUGUUUAAAGAAUUGGUGGAUUGUGCAGAAGUCUCACUAGCAUAAAUUUUUUGAAUUAUUAAUCUUUUAAAGUUGGGGAAUUUUUGCAUGUUUUGUUCUUUUUCAUGUAUUUAUAUUUGGUCAUGUUGUACUUUGAAGAUAUAAUUAAUGCUUAAUUAUCUUCGUUAUAUCGGAAGGAUCCGAGACCUUGAUGGCAAUGUUUUGAUACCUGAGUAUGCCAAUAAAAGCAAAUUGCACAGUUGGAGGUUUGAAUGGUGCAUCUUGUAGGUACUUCUGUUGUCCCAGUAUAAACGUGUCUGCAGGCUUGGGGCUGGGUAGCAGCAACAUUUACAUGUUCCUUCAGCCAGAAUGGUUGUCUUUGGAUGUGGGAGAUGAAAUGGAGGUGCUGCCACAGGGAUGGCUGCAGAGCACUGCCUUGGGCACAGUGGUGUUUGUGGGUUGUGGCUGGUGAAAGUGCUGCUGCUUUGGGACAUCCUGUUUUAAGUCAGCCUCUGACACUGAAGUCCCAUCAAUAACUUCAAUACUCUCCCUGUCAGGCAGUUAAAGGCUGUGUAUUUAAAAUUAACUCGGGGUAGAACAAACUGUAAAUCAAACACAGACUGUAAAUAACACCUACAGAACUUCUUCAGUAAAGGUGUGGGGAAGUGUAGGAUUCGGGCAAAGCCGCUUUCCCCCUGCCCGGGUGAGUUGCUGCCGUUGCCCUCAGUGCUGUCCCCCGAGCACAUUUCACAGCAAAUCCUUUGUAUUCCAUGAUUUAGGCAGGCACAUCCCACCCUCCUGGUUACAUCUCAGUAGGGGCCUGGGCUGCUGCCAGAGGAGUGUAUCCCUCAUUCUCAAAUCCCUCAUCCCAAAUUCUUCCGAGUUCAAUGAGGAGAGGAAGCGUUGAAGAGGUCCCGCUUUCCUUGGAUCAGAUCCUUUGCAUGUGCCUUACCUAAAAACAAGCUUGAGCUUGAAAAUGUCAGGUGUACACUAGAUCCCCACAGCAAGUGUCCAGGGGAUGAGGAAUCACUAAAAUCGAGCCUUGCCUUCUCCAUGCAGCAGGUAUGAACAUGUGACUCAUCCCACUGCAGACAGCUUGAAACCUGGAUCCAGCGCAGAGAUGCAAUAACCUCAUUGUUGUCUCUCCAGUCCCCAAAAAAACUUAUCCAUAUAUGCACUACUAGCAAAAUACACUUGGAUUUCAUCUACUUCUAUCACUUUAUAUUUCAUAUCUAUAGUAUUAUACAUGGGUUUAAAAUUAUUUUCUUUGUAGUAGUUUCUCAUUCUCAGAGUCUUCACACUGCCACGGUUACCUAGGAAAUGCAGACUUAUGUGCUCUAAUCAGAUAUCUGCUGUUUAGCUGUAUCUUUUACACCUAAAUCACAGUGUUCCACCUUUCAGCAGUACUUGUUUGUCCGUGUCAGCCACAGCAUUGUCCCGUCAGUGUGUGUGACCUCAUCCAUCCGUGUGGUUCGUGUGUCCUGGACCAAAAUACAGACUGGGGUUAACGUUGUGCAGUAGGAAGCAGAGGCCUUGUACAGCCCCACUCCAAGCAUUUCCAUUGGCUCAGCUCUGUGGGUGAUGUAUUUUGGCUUUUACCACAAAAAUGUGUUAAUUAUAUUUGCACAAAAGCAGCACAGUCCUAUAUUUGAAGAAUAAUUUACAUUCAUUAUGUUUCUUUAAAACCUUCCAUCUCCUCUCCUCCCUUUCCCCCCUACUUUUCCUUUUCCCAGUGUUUGUAAGGUUACCGAAGAAACAUGCAUUUAAACAAUUAAGGAGGAACUUAAGAAUCCAUCUGUCUGCCAAGGUAUAUUUUUCUAUUUGCAGUAAAUCUAAGUCAGUAAUGUCUCAUUCAGAACAUAGACAUGGUUUGCCUUAGACCAGAUUUUUUGGUGUGACAAAUACUUUGGAUGGAAGAAGUGACUGGGGUUUUGUGUUGAUGUCACAAAGCUUUUAAAAACACUUCAAGGAAGAAAGACUUUGUGUAUUUCUUUGACAGCUGAAGUGUAGGAAACCAUUCACUGUGCAUUGGGCACAGUGCAGAAUCCUUCGUGUAGAAGCCAGAACAAAAUCCAGCUAAUUCAGUGUAACACUGGCAUUCGUCCCUGAGACAGAGUGGGAACGGGUGGGGGACAAUUUGCCACGGGGAGGAAAUGUGUUAUUAUUCUCUCUUAGCCUCAAAAUCCAUAAAAGCCUGUAGUAGGAGUCUGUAGUUCAAAGCAAGAGUGGUGUACACUCGCUUUACUAUGCAGUGUCUCUGAAGAAGCACCUUCUCCACAGCCCCUCCCAAAUGGGAUUGCAUUCCCAGCAGGUCAGUUCUCGUUCUGGAAAAACAGGGUUUGGUUUUGUUACUUAGGAAAACAUAACUUUAGUUGCCAAACUUAAGCUUUUAAAAGGAUGCAGUGGAAAAGACUUCAGUGGAAAGAUGUUCUGAAUUGUUUCACAAACUAAAAUGUAAAUGUUCUGCUUAAGAGUAUUCUGUAUAUCUUUUAAGGUUACAGGUAGGGGAGGGGGAACAAAAACUGCAAAGGAAGGAACCCUGAAAACUUUGGCUUUAUAUUUUCAGUGAUUUAUUGUUUUCAAGUGCAAAAGGUGAUUUGAGAAAAAGCUCAUGCAAUUUAGAAUGCAUAUUAGGCACCUACAAUGUCUUACUGAAAACCUUUGCUAGUACUCUCAAACAUGUUUUUUAUGACAGUGUAACUUCUAUAUUGGAAUAAAAUAUCAUUUUCUAGUGUUAGAAGUGUCUCAAAGCUGUAGUCUAAAUCAUUUUUCAUAGUUUGGUACUUCUAAGGAGUUGUGAUUUUGGUGAAAUUCAGUGUUAAAAGUGCUCAAGCAUAAUGUGCUUCUGAACCAUUUAUUUUUGAGCUAUUUUGGGAUUCUCAUUUUUUUGGUGUAGAAUCCCUAAUAACUUGCCAUCAUUGCUGGACUCACCACUGCCUUGUUCGUUACACAGAUGUCCCUGCUUACAGUUGUUCCUAGAACUGGGCAAACCGCUCACUAGAGACUAAUUUUAGCCUUUAUUCUGCUCCUAAAUUAGUUCCCAACUAGACUCUCUUCUUUGCAGAUCUGGGUUGGGGGUUUUUUUGCAAACAUUUUUAUUGUUGGUUGUUUUGUACGUUCUUUGCUUCUGUUGUUUGCUUCCAGCGGCAUGAUUUGUCUGGGUUCUGCUCUCUGGGAAUGACUCAGUUUGUAACAGGAGGAGGGAAGAACGGGAUGCUCGUGGCUCUUAUCAGCUCUUGCCAUCAGUCGUCUUAGAAGCGCAUUUGCAUCGGUAUUUGCGAGGCUUCUGCUUGCCGUAGAUUUUUUUUUCCUUCAGCUAAAUCCUGCUCCCAGAGGCAUCAGGACUGUCUGGGUGGAGAGCCCGUGUGGUGCUGGUUGAAGGGAUGUUCCUGUCGCUCCCUGGCUCCGGCUGUGCUGCCCUCAGUCCAUCCCGUCAUCGCUGCAGAGGGGCCGCGGUGGUGCCGGGCUGUAAAUGCACAGAUGUGAGCGGAGGGGCCCUGGGCUGACGCUGUGCCUGGAACGUGAUGAAAUAAAUGUGCUGCUGUUUGUGGCACAGAGUGUGACUUGUCUGAAAGAAACCCUGGCCUGGCCUGGGGGGUGGAAUAAUUUUUCCUCAGCAGGUUUAAAGGAAAUUACUUCAUCCAUCAGCAGGUUCUCAACCUUUUUACGUUUUGAGAACGGGCUAGAAGAUAAUCUCUGGGGCAUAUAUAGAAAGGGGGAAAUGGUUAAAAAUGAGGCUCGCCUUGCUGCAGGAGUAUCUUAUUUAUAUCUCAAAGAAUAGAUUUUACAAUUCCUAGUUGCAGUCCCAUGAGAGAUUUCGGAUCCCUAUGCAUACAAAAACAACAGAUCAUCUUGUCCCCUGUUUUUUCACUGAAGUGUGAUCAAGUUCUGCUUUUCCAAAGGAAAAAAAAAAAACUGUAAUGAUAAAAUCUCUGCAAGAAGUACUAUUUGAAAGAUGUUGAUCCUUAAUUUUAGGCAAAUAAGGGGCAUUGCCAACUGGAAACUAGCAAUAAUUAGUACAAAGAAUUUUGGACCUCUGACACUGUGGCUGCUUCAUGUUGGUUUUGCUCCUCUGACAGCGAGGCUGUGUGCUUGCUCCUUGUACAGCUUGGUCAGUAGAAGUUGUUUUGAAAAUGGUUUAUGAAAAUUAUAUUUAUUAAAUAAAACUUUCACUUCUA